AUGUCGGGUAACGUCACAGAACUGAUCACUUUCAGUGACAUAUUCUUCGGAGAUGAGUGGAAUGUGAACAGGACUAUUGCGUUCAUGGCAUUAUGGGUGCCCACCUCAUUCAAGACUUUUAAAUCAGCAUAUACGUUCGAAAUUAUUGCUUAUUUAAAAAGUUUCAUUGCAGCGGUGGCAUAUUUUCAGAUAGCAAUUGCUUACUUGGCAAUGGUCUAUUUUGGGCAAAAGAUGAUGCGAAAUCAAACUGCUUUCGAACUGGAUCGACUUUUAGCCGUAUGGAAUUUCGCCUUCUCGAUUUUCUCAGCGAUCGCUGCUUAUCAUCUCAUCCCGGAACUUAUAUGGUCGCUCAAAAACCUCGGAUUUGUCGGUAAAAUUCAGUAUUUCGAAGCUCUUUUGUCCACCAACCAAUGGAAUGUUCUCACAAUGGGUACAUUAAUGUAUUUAAGUUACUUGUAUUUGUUCGUUGAAUUCUUCUACAAAGCGUAUAUCGUUAAAAAACCACAACAGUCUCAACGGAACACGAUUGCUGAUGGAGAAUUACCGGAGAAGAAAACGUUCUUACCGGCCAACGAAAGGAUACAGUUGAAGAAGGAUAACUGA